UCCACACUGUGUUGGCAGAAAUAAUUUAUUUGUUAAGUUGACGAAGUAACGCACUCUUACCUACCUUCAAUAAAUGUGAUUUGCUAUAUAUGCUAGAAGUCAAAUGUAUGACGCUGCUCAUACAUGAUACAUCAUCUCCUUCAAUGAAGUCUUAGUUACUUUCCCCUGGCUUCAAUUUAUAAACAAGAAAACAUAUAAAAAAUCUUGACGCCAAUUUCUUGGAUAUGUCUAAAAACUACGACAACUGGGAGAGACUAGUCGAAGCCGUGCUGAAAAAAGAGGAGUUCAGGCAACUUGCUCUCCGCCCCUCAACAAGUUUCAGCACAAUCAGUGACGACACAUCAUGGUUUGACGAUGACUCCCAAGAAUUUCAAACACUUUCCGACACUGAGUGGGACGGAGCGGAUUUGCUGGAGAUUGUGUCAAGAUCUGUAUCUCCGGUGGUCUAUGCAAAGAAGAAAGAGCUAUACUCGAGUCUUUGCAACUCUCCGAUUCUUAUUGAUGCCGGAAAAUUGAGCUUUUGGCUGGAAAGAAAGAAGGGGAAGAAAUGCUACAUGGUGAGAGCAAGAGAGCUGGGAAUUAUCUGGUGUGGCGACACACCAAGUUACUGGGACCUCACAUCCCAUCCAGAUUCAAGAUUCUCAGAGGUUGCCCUGUUAAAAGAAGUUUGCUGGCUUGAAAUCAGAGGCACCAUAAACACAGGGAUGCUAUCCUCCCACACCGUCUAUGGUUGUUAUCUAGUCUUCAAGCUGGAUCGAAAUAGUUACGGACUCGAAUUGGCCAAUGCAUUUGUGAGAUUGAUGAAUGAUAAAGUCGACGGCGAUGAUGAGAUUCUGGAUCACUUCAGGCGGGAGAAUGCUCGUGACCGGCACAGCCGGACUGGAGAGGCGCCGGUAAGGAUAGGCGAUGGCUUGACUGAGAUUGCUGAGGUGCACCUGCAACGCCCAACUGGAAAGUCGGAGUCCCCCGGGAAACAGAACUCGUGGGGUAGGAACUACCGACCCCACGGUCGACGGCGACCCAGCCCUCCGCCGGUAAGGAUAGGCGAUGGGUUCACGAAGAAGGAUGAGAUGCAAAGCGCCAGUGGUUCUCAAAGUGGAAGAGUGGCUGUGAGGAGAGGCGAUGGAUGGAUGGAGGUGGAGUUGGGAAGCUUCUAUAACGAUCGAGGUGCACACGGUGUGGUCGAAACAUGGCUGUUGGGGAGGGAAGGCCAUCAAUGGAAGUCGGGUCUCAUCGUUCAGGGUGUUGAGUUUAGGCCCAACCCAUUAUUCCUUUCUUCAUUUUCCAAUUCUUAGACUAAUGCUUCAUUGCCUUGUGUAAUAGAUAUACACUUCGUUUCAAGGAUUUGAGGUACAUUAAUUGAACUUGGUGGUUACAUAUUUUAAA